UUUCAGGAGUGAUUUCGUCUUCUUCUUCGUGUGCUAUUCUUUUUUGUGUCGUUUGUGUGUCGCUUGCGGUGCCGUGUUGUUUUUUCAUUUCUUUAGCUAAAAGGUGCUUAUACAACGUUCACAACUUAGCUUCUCUUUUUUUUUCCUGUCGCCUGCUUCAUAUUAGUAAAUUCUAUUUGCAAAAUUAUCACGUGAACUAUCAGUUCGAUCAUUUAUCAUCGUACAAUGAUACCAUCCAUUUAUGGACAAUUAGCAAGUACUGGAACAAUUGCUGAUCCGUUAGUGCAAGCUGCUGCAGCUGCAUUAGCAGCACAAUCUGCUGCUGCUGCUGCUGCUACUGCUAGUGCUACUGAUACUCUUCCUACAACAGGCAUACGUGAUACAACAUUUACGAAAAUUUUUGUGGGUGGUUUACCAUAUCAUACAUCGGAUAAAACAUUGCAUGAAUAUUUUGAGCAGUUUGGUGAAAUUGAAGAAGCUGUAGUUAUUACCGAUCGACAGACUCAAAAAAGUCGUGGAUAUGGUUUUGUAACAAUGAAAGAUCGAGCUGCAGCUGAACGUGCUUGUAAAGAUCCUAAUCCAAUCAUUGAUGGACGUAAAGCAAAUGUUAAUUUGGCUUAUUUGGGUGCUAAACCACGUGGUAACAUUCAACUUGCAGCGCUUUCUAACGGAUUGCAGCAAAUCCCGCUGCAAACACAACUGCAGGCUUUAUUUCCCGGUCGUAUUGCCGGUCUUCCACAACUUCUUUAUCCAACAGCAGCAGCUGCUGCAGCUGCAGCUGCAAGUAAUCCAUUGAUGAAUACGCUAAAUGGCUUGCAAAAUACGACAUCAUUAGCUGGUGCAGGUCAAGUAAAUACUUCACAAACUCAGCAACAAUACAUCGACUAUGCAACACUUGCAGCUGUUGCAGCUGCAGGUGGUGCUACUACUGCCACCGCUCAGAAUCCAUUCUCGCUUCAUCCAACAGUAUCAGCAGCAGGUACGGUAGGCUUAGAACAGUACGCAUAUAUGCCAUAUGGCCUAAUACCAGCCAAUAAUUAUGCAGCCCAGCUAACAGCCGCACAAUCACAAUUAGCCGCUGUUACACAACAACAAGCUGCUGCUUUGGAACAUCAACGUGUAUGAAUGAAUGAAUGAGCG